AUGUUGACUGGAAUGUUUGUUUACAUUUGCAGUUGCCCUAGUAACAACUUUGUUUACGUUGUAACGGCACCUUCAGGAAUUUGUCAAGAGACAAAAUCUCAAAUGGCUAGCGUCGCAAUAAAAGAGCCAAAAGCUGCUAUAACUCCAAAAAAGAAGACAAAGCCUUCCCGUUUAUGUUACACUCCUCCUACCAACAUUGCAAAUAGCAAGAAAAAAAUCCUGUAUACCCGUUAUGAUUGUAUAGGAGAGGGAGGAUUUGCUAGAUGCUUUCGAGUUAAAGAUGAAAGCGGAAAUAUAUAUGCAGCUAAAGUUAUAGCCAAAGCAUCAUUACAAAAUGAAAAAACUCGACAAAAGCUUUUUGGAGAAAUUAAAGUGCAUCAGUCUAUGAGUCACCCAAACGUUGUAGGACUCAUUGACUGUUUUGAAGAUAAAACAAAUGUCUAUCUUGUUUUGGAACUUUGUGAACAUAAGUCAUUGAUGGAGUUGUUACGAAAGAGAAAACUGCUGACGGAACCAGAAGUACGAUUUUUGAUGCUUCAAAUAUUAGGAGCUUUAAAAUAUAUGCAUAAAAAAAGAGUAAUUCAUCGGGACUUAAAGCUCGGAAAUAUCAUGUUAGACGAAAGCAAUAAUGUAAAAAUCGGUGAUUUCGGUUUAGCUGCCUUGCUUAUGGACGACGAAGAACGAAAGAUGACAAUUUGUGGUACUCCUAACUACAUUGCGCCUGAAAUUUUAUUCAAUUCAAAAGAAGGGCAUUCAUUUGAGGUAGACCUUUGGAGUGCUGGCGUGGUCAUGUACGCUCUUCUAGUGGGAAAGCCUCCUUUCCAGGACAAGGAAGUAAAGACUAUAUAUAAAAAGAUCAAAGCAAACUCUUACAGCUUCCCUCCUAAUAUCCCUAUUUCAUCGGAAGCUAAAAAUCUAAUCGCUUCCCUGUUGACCCAGGAUCCAUCUAUUCGCCCGAGCGUUGAUGACAUAGCAAACCAUGAUUUUUUUCAUUCAGGCUACAUGGCUUCCUCCUUACCUGAUGAUAUUCUACACAUUCAACCAGUAUGGCCUUCUACACAAUCUAGAUCAAGCUUUCAAAGAAAUUUGGAUUAUGUAGCGUCGGCUGCUGGCGUCGGUUUUGGUAAAUCAGCUGGAACUGAAAAAAAUAAACCCUAUGCAUUAAAGACAGAUGAGGGUGAUGAUGAUCAUAUGCUCCCCAGCGUUUUGAGCCCUCGAGAUCGAGUUAACCCAGUCAUGAAAAUUGGACCAGAAACAAAACCCAGUUCUACUAAGCUAUCUUCUAUCUUUGAAGCAGCUCGCAAAACGAGUGAGGAAACACUUCCUUCAAGAGUAAAAGCCCUGAAAGAAGAAUCUCGGUCCAUCCCGAAAUCCAAACUUACACGUUCUGAUGCUCCAGAUAACGAAACCCGCACAGGUUCAGUUUCAAUUGCCAAUUUGUCGGAUAACAUUGUAUGGAUUAACAUAAAAAAAACUGCUCUUAAAAUUGGUAUGGGGCUUGAAUCAAGACCAGUGGCCUCUAGUCAAGGACCAAUUGCAGCCAAAAAUAUCCUGUUCAUCACCAAGUGGGUUGACUAUUCCAACAAGUAUGGUCUGGGAUAUCAGUUAUCAAAUGAGUCGGUGGGUGUGCAUUUCAACGAUCAAACCUCCCUCGUUUUCUCCGCCGAUGAAAAUAUGAUCGAAUACAUUACUCAUCAAAAGAACUCAGAGGCGAAGCAUUCGAUAUUUUCUACUUCCAAGGCGCCUGAUGCUCUAAAAAACAAAAUUUAUCUUUUAAAACAUUUUAAAAGCUAUAUGGUGCAAAAUUUGUCAAGGGCUGUUCAAGAUGAAACACUUGACGAUAUCGAUAUCAAGAACGCUGGUUCUAUGAUUUUUAUGCAUAAUUAUCUCAGGACUCGACAAGCAAUUAUGUUUCGCUUAAGUAAUGGAACUUACCAGUUCAACUUUGUUGACCACGUCAAAGUUGUUGUUUCGCCUAGUGUACAAGGCAUUAUGGUUCUAGACAAAGAGAAAGAAAAAAUGGUUUUUACAUUGGAAGAAGCAUGCUGGUUCACUGAUGAUCUGCGGUCACGCUUGAAAUAUAUUCGUGAAGUACUAGAAUCUUGGGCUUCGAAAUUAGAAUCCACUCAUUAAUCGCGUAUUACUUUACAAACCUAUUAUUACCUCUUUUAUGUGCUAGUUCACAAUUUGCUAAUUUUGAUUCCAUUUUAUUCAGUCUUUCAUAUUGUCUCCUUUCCAUCUUGUUCUUUCAGUGUUACGUUCUUUUUUAACAUUACUUUAUGAACCUUUUGCUGUCAUUUUUAUGUUUUCAUUACUUGAUGAAGCCUCACCUGGCAUCAUACUUGUUUGUUUUGAAUAUGUACAUCAUUCAUUUGCCUGCUCAUAUAAUCUUGGUAACCGGUAUUUUCAGACUUUUUUUGAUGAGUGACUAAUGAUACAGUUUAAGAAAUAAUACUUUUUUUUCGUAUUAAUUAAAAAUUAAAACCGGCUCUUAUAGAGAAUAAAACGAGCUUUAAAGCUCCUGCAUUUCGCUAUAAUAGCUUAGCUAGAUGACUCUAAACAACAAUUGGUAGUAUGCUUAAAAACGUCACGGCAAUCGUGGCGCUACUGUAUUGAUUUAGCAGCCUAAGAAUGGGUAAACAAGUCACCUACAAGCCUCGCCCUAGCCUAUCUACUUGAGCAAUUAAGUCUACAAACCUGACUGACAAUUUAGAUGUAUCUAUCUAUCUUGGUGUCUACCUUGAGAACCAACUGAUUCAACAAGAAAAAUCUUCCCACGAAAUUUUCUUGAAUACAUACCUAUCUAGUUGGGAUUUAUACGAAACAUGGGUCUAACCUAACCAAUCAAUUGUAUGAAAUUGAACUCCUUUUGGAAAAUUUUCAUACCGUGGAUUCACCGUAGUCGUCGUAGAGGUAGAUUCUUAGAGUAAUAGUAUCAUUCAAUAUUAUAUCUUAAAAUUAAUUAUUUUGAUGACAUCUUCCCGCAAUGAUUGAUUCAUUCUCUGAUACUAAGAUGGUUUACGCUUGGAAACAUAUAAUCACAAUAAAAUUUUAG